CGUCUGAGCCACUUCAAGCUCUCCACUAGAGCGGAUGAGUCGGUGGUCGACGGCUGAGCUAAGCAGGGCCCCGGCGACCAAGGAUAGGCUCUUCCCCCAUCCCAUGGCCCUGGGGAUAAGCUCUCCCUUCCAGCGUGGCACGGAGAAUAGACUCUCCUACCCACCGUGGCACCCUGGGUGCACUCCACUGCCAUCUUGGCACUCAAGGCAGUUAGUGGUGGGAGGAGUGGCGCCGUGUGAAGCAAGUCCUCAGUCUCCAGUCAUGAAUCAACACUUACCACCAGGGCAAGGUGUGCAGAGAUGUUUCCCUCGUCCCUUCAUGGACAAUCUGCGACCUCUUCAGUUCCGCGCACCGGAUGAGCCAAGCAGCCUGGUUGGUGGCUUAAGAAUCGGGCCUCGUGACGUAGCGCCACCCUAUUGGCCGCCGCUACCUCUCGCUCCACCCACCAUGCAUCCUCCGCCAAUCGGCGCGCUCCCUACCGCAAUGGCUCACGACGAAGAAAGCGAUUGCUUCAUGCUAGGAGAAAAGCUGUCGAAGAAACCGAAACGGAUCAGAACAAGAGUAGACGCCGGAGAGCCAAGGAACUCUUACUCGGCCUUCAGUAGUUUACCCAACCUGUGUGGUGUUAGUGUUAAUGCAGUCAGGCCGGGAAGUGCUCCUAACCUCUUCAGUGCAAGUCAACCCUUUUGUGGACUACCGUUUGUGAACUAUUUCAACCCCCCACCCACGGUGGGUUCGCGCGGUAUGCUGAGUGAGUUGUUUGGCGCCCACACCAAGCCUGUGGCGCCCUGCCCGCCUGAAGACACCGUGUCAACCAUGGGUGUAUUGGACAAAGUGACAAGCUCUAGCGUGCAUAGUGCUGAUGCAGUGAACUCGGUUAUACGGGGACCAGAGCCAGAUAACGUGCUCUUACGGGAAAUCCUUCAGGGACGUAAACGGGACCUUCUUACUAUGGAGGAGAUUGAGGCCGCCCGUUCCUUACACAACAAUAACAAUAGUUACAAGGGGGCGACAGACUUGGUGGAGGCCAAGAGCGAGGAGACCAACGCGGGCAGGGAUGAAAACAGUGUGUCAGCCGAGGACGCGCGGUGUGAGUCUGAGGUAGAGGAGACUAUGAGUCAGAACAGUCCGCGCACUGACUCUCCAGAACCCAGGAAACGUCUGGAGAAUAUUGUUAGUGUGAUCCGCUCCUCGCCCACCCCUAACACCACCGUCAACGGGUGCAAAAAGCGGAAGUUGUACCUGCCACAGCAGCACGAGACACGACCCAACUACGACUCGCAAAACGAGGAAGGUGAGGCUGCGGCUGAGCCAGAUAAUAAAACAAGACGUCUUGAAGACGACGAGCAGGGGGAGUCAAGAGUGGCGGAGUCUGGGGAGGAAGGGGGACUGCAGAUAGACCUAAGUGUGAGACGACGAUCUCCGGAGCCAACUCGGCCGCCCUCCCCCAAACCUCCCACCUCCACCUCCUCGAACGACUCCAACGAUGCCUCUUCCUACCUCCUGGAUUAUGCCCAACGACUGAUCCGCAAUCAAGAGGCGCGAUUACAAAGAGAAAACGACAUGAAAAACACCGACUUGAAUGAGAAGUUGCAGCUGUUGCGAAACUUGAGUUUGGGGUCCCAAGUGACAGACCUGGAGGGUCUUGCUGACGUGCUCAAGACCGAGAUCACAGCCUCCCUGGCCGUCAUCAUCGACACCAUAGUCAAUAAGUAUGUCCAGCAGAGAAAACUGCUCACCAAGCAGGCGGAAGUGGCGGCUGAACAGCUCAACCGAGACAUUGCCUCGCAGUUGAUGGAACGAUCACGUUCCCCACGUUCUCACAAGCUGCUAGAUCCCAGAGGGCCCCCCAACAUGCCCAGACUUAAUGGCAUGCCCGCCCCUCACGGACCUCUCAAUCUCUCGCCCUACCCAGGUUCCGAAAACAACCUCAAUAACCUCAAUCUACCACAUCUACGACCACCUCUCUACAAGCCUCCUCACGGUUUCUUCCACAGCAACUUGCCCCCUAUGGGCGGCAUGAUCCCCAGCGGGCAGUCCUCGCCCUACGGCGGGAUGGAGCCCGAGCAAGAUGAGGCUCUUCCUCUAGUGGUCACACCCAAGAAGAAGCGUCAUAAGGUGACGGACUCACGCCUCACACCUCGCACGGUGGGCCGACUCCUGGAGGAUUUCCCCCGCUACGGACCCCUACCAGGGAUGGGUGGUCAAAUGUCCCCUCGCAACUCCCCUCCCCCACCACCAGUCAACCACCACCCGCACCACCGCCCCACCACCUUCCCCCAGCCUCCACCACUGCUACCAGUUUCACUGCCUACCUCCGUGGCCAUCCCCAACCCAUCGUUGCACGACACCAGUCUACUCUACCCCAAUUACUACGGCGGGCAUCGGGCGUCCUCCCCGAUGGACGGGCGGCGGGACGAAUCUCCGGCAGGUCCCCCGCCCCCACACCCCCACCCGCUCCUUCAUCCUGCGCUCCUGGCAGCCUCCUCACCGGACUCCUUCUCACGCUUCCUACACGGCGCUGACCACGACCGUGCCUCAGACUGUUCGCCAGCAGAUCCCAACUACGACGGUGUCCAGCCUACUAUAUCCUUUUAUUCACCUGAACAUCGUGCGGCGUUCGAGAGGAACAUGCGUGCGGGUGGGCCUGUCAUCUUCCCUAAUGAAAGGUCAGCCGGCUUGGUCACUCACCCCUGCCACACCUCGCACUCCAGCACUCUGACGCCGAUGCACCUACGUAAGGCGAAGCUCAUGUUCUUCUUCGUCCGGUACCCAUCUUCGUCUGUCCUCAAGACUUACUUUCCCGACAUUAAGUUCAAUAAGAACAACACUGCCCAGCUCGUCAAAUGGUUCUCAAACUUCCGGGAGUUCUACUACAUUCAGAUGGAGAAGUAUGCGAGGCAGUACCUGAGCGAGGGUUUGAAGAGCAUCGACGACAUCACUGUCACCCUCGAUGCUGAGAUCAUCCGCGCCCUCAACCUUCACUACAACCGCAACAACCACCUCGAGCAGAUCCCUGAGCACUUCAGAUACGUGGUUGAACAGACGUUGAAGGAGUUCUUCAAGGCUAUCCAGGAACAGAAGGACCAGGAACAGUCUUGGAAGAAAGCCAUCUACAAGGUGAUUGCGCGUCUGGACGAGACUGUACCCGAGUACUUCAAGUCUCCGACGUUUCUGGAGCAGCUCGAGUAGCGGUGUUCUCCCGCCCCAGCCGGAGGACAUCCGGCUCUGGCGGUCCCGGCGCCCCGCGCCCCACCACCCUCUGCAGCACCCUCAACUGCUGCACCAUCUUCACAUGCUGCAACCUCAGCUGCCACUUCAGCUGCAGCAACCUCAUCUGCAGCUACCUCAGCUGCAGCAUCACCAGCUGCAGCAACCUCAGCUGCAACACCUAGGAGAUAGAGAUUCUGUAUAUACCAGUGAUUGAGCGGCCUAAGGCUGGACUUAUUCAAAGGAAGACAUGUUCAAAAGAAGGCUAAGAUGGAGGACUGUUAUAUGGGCAUUCUUUUAUUAUUAUCAUGAUACAAAUAUUGAAGGUGCAUGUCUCAAAUUUUGUCCAAAUGUUGUAGCCUUGAUUUAUUGUGAAUAUCUCUUGAGACAAAGCAUUUGUGCCUUUCCAUGCCUUCCAAUAACAAUGAUGACAUCUUUCUGACAGCCCAGUGUUACCCACUUUGUAUAUAGUUUACUUUUGUUUCCCUGUGUUUUGUUUCGUUCCUCGAGCGAGAGGAUGACUUGUGAACUCGCGGCCAUGUUGAGCCCACCUGGGCGAAGCUGCCAUAGCCCCGACACCCGCUCCAGGCUCCCCAUGUUACGGGCGCCUCCCAAUCGGGGUUGGGGCCGCCCCUCACCCUCGCCAGCGGGGCGCCCCCUACGUCCUCACCUACCUGCACCACACCUCUCAAGUCAUGCGCUGCGUCGCAUGCAGGAGUCUCCUAGUCACAUGCUAGCUACCCAGGUCCUAGUUUUAGUUUUAUCAGUUUAUUUUAACUUUUGCACAGAUUCUCAAUUAAGGCUCCUAGUUCUAAGUCAUGCAUGUAGGAUAAUUGUUGAUGGUGGUUCCCAGUUACCAAGUUAUAAUAGCCAACCACACAGUCAAGCCCAUACACUCCAUAGUCUGGCCCCGGGGGCACACACACUGGCCGGGGCCCACAGCGGGCCGCGGGCAGCGGCGCCCCUGCUGCUGUAGGUGCUACUACAGUGCUCGAGGUUGUCGACGUCCGCCCGCGCCCGCCUCCCCUCCUCCUCCUGCUCCUCACCACAAGAAGGCAAUACCCCAAGUCACAGACUCUUGCUCACAACCACCUGUGUUAGGCGAGUUACCUGCGAGCAUAAGACAAACCAAAGUGGCCUUGCUUUGUGGUGGUCGUAAACUAAGAUUGACUGCAAGAAGACAUCGUAUGUGAGAUCUAGUCACACGAAUGAAUCUCCGGUCUGUUGUGAUGCAGACUAAGGCAUAAUCAGUUACCUAUGUUGAGAAACCUGACCCAAAGUAUGAAUAUCAAAGUGAUCUCCAGACUGCUCAGAUCUGACUAACCUCUUCCUCUUCCGUAGUGCCCUCUGCUCUACUAACAAACUUACUAACCAGUAUGGCGAUAGGGUUUCUGUUUUUUGAAGCUUUGUAGAUAGAGCUGUCAAUCUGUCUCGAAGCUUUCCACCCAUGCAAGUUGUUUAUAAUUACAAAACCAAAAAGACACAUGGACAACUAUUAUCUUGUCAAACAAAUGUAUUAGCAGAAGUCACAAGUGGAUUUUUGUUGGUGUAGUUCUUGUGGUUUAGCUUCCCUCCCACUGCGCUGUUGCACCACUGACUGCCAGUCAGUGCAGGGAGGGGCCUACACCACCCUCAGUACAGUUCAGUGUUCUUUGUCAGUAAAGUUGUGUGAACAUGCAGAGCUAGUUGACAGUGUAUUGUCUCUGGCAAUCUAUUAUGCUCAUGUCAUAUUUCUUCAUUGAUUUUUUUUGUAUAUGCUAUUGUAUGCUAUUCAAAAUGCCAUAGACAGUACAUUCUCAAGACAUAUGGUAAUAAUGCUUUUCAAACCAAAACUUUGGUGCUAAAUGUACAACCGUGUUAAUCGUCUGGUACUUCCAUUUAGGCGUUUUUAUUACAUUCUAUAACGUAGUUUGUGUGGGUCCAAAGCGCUAGCAGCAACCGUGAGAGCCCCUGGGCGGUGCACCAUGGCCGGGGACACCACGCUACUGUCAUCACUACUGGCUGCCAUACACGACCCGUACCAGAAACGUUAACAAAUUAGGCACCUUAGAAAUGGGUAGUGAUGUGAUUGCUUUUGUAUGAAGAUUGUUUCCCUAUUGAUCGUGAACUUUAGUCUUUUUGAUGCUAUAUUUUCUUAAAAUCAAAUUUAAAAAAAGUUUUUAAGGUGAUUAUAUGCAUUCCAUACUCUUUGUGGACUCGAAAAGAAAACAUCUAUUUCUUUCUGACAUUCUACAUCUCUCUUUUAUUAUUUUCCACUAACCCCAGCUGACCGGCGUACGGGUUAGCAGCAACCAAACCAAUGUUUUUUUCCAGUCUAGUCCAUACUUUAGAGUGUAAAAGAACAGUUAAGUGUUUGCUUCCAGAAGCUAGUUUGUAACGAGGUCCGUUCUGGCGGGGCCGGCGCCAACAUGCGUCGGCUAAUCAUUGAGUCAGUGGACCGUGGUUGAAGUAUUCCAUAGUUAUUGAAUCAGAGCUAUUCCAUGUUUAAUUUGAUGUUACAUGUUCUCUCCCAGUUCAACUACAAGCUUGUUGUACCCGUUGAUGAUGCUAUUGAUGUCCAUUCCUUCGACAUGUGUGUGUCGAAGUGACUGAACUAUCUAGCCCUGACCCGAGCACAGACAGCAGGCUCAGGGCUGGAUUGGUUGAUAACUUUCUGGUGUUUAUUGAAGUACUGGUUCUGUGGGGACAAACUGCAACAGCAGGAACACAAGACCAAACCGAAGGCAAAAUUAUCAAGUAUAAAGUUUGUGGACCCCUAUCCCCUUCUCUCGGUGCUCUUCCCUCCCGCUGCCAGUUCCCGUGGCUCCUCCUCCAGCUGACAUCACCAGUCGCCAACCCUUCUUGCCACUACUACACGCCAUGGCCUGGCACCACUCCUGAAGCUGCUACUAGCACUGACCUGGCACCACCCACGCGGUUGCCACUACUACAUACCAUGCGGUGGUGUAAACCCUGUGGCUACCGGUUACACAAUGUGCCAUGGUCAGUGUCAACAAUGUGGCUGCUGCUACAACACAGUGGCUGUCGCUACAACACAGUGGCUGUUGCUACAACACACUGGCUGUCGCUACAACACACUGGCUGCCUCAAGAAGAAAGUGGCUGCCGCUACAACACAGUGACUGCCGCUACAACACAGUGGUCUGGUGCCAACCAAUGUGGCUGCAACUUCAACCCGCUACGGUCUGGCGCCACCCGGGCUGGGGGUCUUCACAAACUUUCCACACAAAAUUUAACGCAGUUGUCAACAGCACUAACCGGAGGGGUCGCCUUGGUAAACGUCCAGUGUUUCAAGUGCCUUGGUCUUACAUUUCGAUAGAGGGCGACCCUGUUUUUUCACUAUUACCUCCCCACGGAACCCGUCUUCCGCUCACCAUUCCAUGUCAAAUGUUGAUUUAUGCCAAUAGAAGCUUUUUCGGUUUCUGUUGGAUUUAUAACAAGACAAAACGAUGGUUUAGUUUCUAAAAAAAAGAUGAAAAUUUAAAAGUUUAAUUUAUUGAUUUAUUUAAUAUGCGCACCUAGCAUUAUGUGUUUUGCAUAUAUAACAUAUAUUCAAUUAUUAUAGAAUGUACUAGUUUGUAGACAUAAAUACGAUUCAAACCGAAAUACAGUGUUUUA